CUGCUUUAGGGUUGGAUUUCCUUGCCACUGGUAGUCAGUUAACGGGAAGUGUUACAAACCAGACGCCUAAUGCGUUUGGUUUGAAUUGUGAUACUGUGACAAGUUCUAAUUAGUUGUCAGAGAUGGCAGUGGCUGCUGUGCACUUAGAGUCCGAUGCUUUUCUCGUUUGUCUUAAUCAUGCGCUGAGCACAGAAAAGGAAGAAGUUAUGGGUCUCUGCAUUGGAGAGGUUGAUAUCAGCAGGAUUGUUCACAUUCACUCUGUGAUUAUACUACGUCGUUCAGACAAGAGAAAAGAUCGGGUGGAGAUCUCUCCAGAACAGCUUUCUGCAGCCUCUACAGAAGCAGAGAGGCUUGCCGAAACGACUGGACGCCCAAUGAGAGUCGUGGGGUGGUAUCACUCUCACCCACAUAUUACAGUAUGGCCGUCACACGUAGACGUUCGAACGCAAGCAAUGUACCAAAUGAUGGAUCAGGGAUUUGUGGGGCUCAUUUUCUCCUGCUUCAUUGAAGAUAAAAACACCAAGACAGGACGAAUCUUGUAUACCUGCUUCCAGUCCGUCCAGGCACAGAAGGGUUCAGAGUAUGAUCGGAUUGAAAUCCCUGUUCAUGUGGCUCCUCAUGACACCAUUGGAAAAGUAUGUCUGGAAUCAGCAGUGGAGCUUCCCAAGAUCCUGUGUCAGGAAGAACAAGAUGCGUACAGAAGGAUCCACAGCUUCCAUGUUCUGCAAACUUCUGAGAGCCUGACUCACCUUGAUCCUGUUACCAAGAUCCAUAAUGGCUCAGGUAAAAAAACAUCACUCUCUGUUUUUUUCAUGAAGAAUCUUUGUAGCCAAAUGUCAGCUAUCAGUGGCCCAUUGCUUCAGUGGCUGGAAGAUCGUCUGGAUCAGAACAAGCAGCGUCUGCUAGAACUUCAGAGAGAGAAAGAGCAGCUACAACUUGAACUGGCCAGCCUUCAGUGAUACAAGCUAUAAGAAGUAAACGUGACUCCUCAUUACAAAAUCAGAUCGAGACUCCAAAGGAAAAUCUCAAAUGUAACUUUGCAGUGAAUGAAAUAGAGGCAACUGUGUGCUUCAGUGUUAUCAGAAGUUGUGUUCAGACCAUGGAAAUGUUUUGCACAGAGAAUGUUAAAAUUCCAUCUGAUUUGAGUGAACAGAAGGAUUUUUUUUUAUUUGUACUAUGUUUACCAGCCUACAGAGACAGUUUUUUUCCUUCUUACUUCUGCACAUGGCGUAGUUAUUGAUUUUACCUUUUCCCCCUAGUACUGUGCAGGUUUAAACACAGAAGACACUGUAUAUUUGUGUUAAAAAUAGUGUGGUAGCCAUACAGCUUGAUUUCUUUAAAAUGUUAGAAAAAUAAUCUUGUUAGACAGACCUGGACUGGAGUUACAUGUGCUUUACAUACCUGAGCAAGUGAUGUGACUUCACCACUUUAAGUUUGUUCUCUCAAAUUGAUAUCAUGCUGUGAGGUAAUCAUCUGUUUCCCAAAGAAUCAACAAGAUACUUCAGAAGAGUAUUCAGCAGUUGUUAAUGAUAUAACCUAAAGGAAGAUCUGGAGAAGAACAGGUAAAGCGGUUGGUGAGGGGGUGACACAGUACUUUCCAGAGUUACAGGUAAUGAUACUCUUGAGCUGGUUUAUUAACAUCACUUCAUGACUGUGACAUUAUACUUGCCUGACAUUACAGAAUUUGAAUGUGGCAGGGGUCAGUACAAAGCUGGAUGGCCUAUGUAACAAUCACUGCCACUUAACAGGCAGCCUGUUUAAUGAUUGUUCAGGUGUACAUUUCCUUUUCAGAGAUGUCGGAAUGUGUCAUGAUAUUUGAUGCACCAUUUUUUCCUUUAUGCUUCUUUCUGCUGUUGUGCAUGACUACUGUGAAGCUUCCCUCAUUGGCCAGCCCCUUGUUCCCCCAGAAUGAGUAUUACCCAGUAAGGCCACAAUCUGGCCAGGGGGGCAUCAGUACAGGCACUCUUAGUGGUGGUUUAUGAACUCAGUAGCAUAAAAUGUGUAUUUGAUAUGGCCCAAACCCCUCCUCUGCACAGGGGCAAGUGAGCCACAUUUCCUUGGGAAUUGCAAUGUACUCAUUAUAUAGGGACUGUCAUAUUCACAGCUUGAUGGCCACUCUGCUACCCAUAGGUCUAUAUUUUGUAUUGCCACUAAUCUUACCCCUCCACCCCCAGGAUUAAGAAUACCCAUUGUUUCCCACCUAAGAUCCAGCAGGCACUCAAAGCCAUAUUCACACUGUGGUCGCCUGGGCCCUAUGGCUUUAUCCUCCUACGCCAUCGGCACUGGCUACAUAGCUAUUUUGCUUUGAACUUUGUUGCUUUUCAUUAUUUUUCUUGCAUCGUUAUUUUUCUUGCAUCGUAACGCCCUUUUUCUACUUGUGAAGCUGCUUUCUUCUAGAAUAGGAAAAUUGAUGUCAGGACAUGUAAUUGCAACGUAAGCCCUGUGUGCUGUAAAAUCCAAAUAUUGAAGCCACAUUUCCUGUACAGUUGUUCCAUCCUUUUCUUUUCGCCAAGUACCUUUUUACCCCUAUGAGGAGUCGUACAGUUCUGAUGUUAUAGACAGUGUAUUUCAGGCCACUAAUACAUUCUUCUUAAUGUACUAUUUUUUUGUUGAACUGUAACUUGAAGUGUUCACCUUUUAUCUGUCACUCAUUCACGUAUGUCAGUGCCCCCCAAUCUUCUUUUCCAGCCCUGCAAUUUUUCCCAUGACAGUAUGGUAUGUCAGGGUUAUAUCUAACAUUUUUGUUUUGUCUUCUGAUGCUUACAUGAUCAGCUUUGUACGUUUACUCUAAUACAAAGGCCCUUCCAUACCCUUCAGCAUUUCGUUAUCUGCACUGCAAGGUUUGUACCUGCCAGAUUCCCCUUUGUGUGACCUACAGAAACGUAGAAGCCGCUCCUCCCAUGGCAUUAUGGGUGCACUGCGCAGUAGAAACAUUUCGGAAUUUCUGCUAUUGACCCCUCACACUGUCACCCAGAACCUUAUUGGGUUUCAGCACUACCUUGUCAUGCUGUCUGUUUAUGAGUCAACCCAGCAAUGAUUGUGACUCAGAAACUUUUCAUCUUCUGCUUGGUCAGCCCACCACUAUUGAGUGCUUUUAUGGCUUAUCUCCUGAAGUAUGUAACCUUGUACUUCUUUUCAUUAAAUCUUGCUGAACUUGUUUCUUCCUGCUCUACCAUGCUGCCCCCACUGAAUACUUGCCCUGGUAUCCUCAUCGUGACUCACUCACCAGUGUUUGCAUUAUGUGACUCACUCACCAGUGUUUGCAUUAUGUGACUCACCAGUGUUUGCAUUAUGUGACUCACUCACCAGUGUUUGCAUUAUGUGACUCACUCACCAAUAUUUGUAUUAUGUGACUCACUCACCAGUGUUUGCAUUAAAAAGCACAUGAUUUAUGAUCUCCAAACCCAUUAUGAUAGCUGAUGUAGAUUUGUUUAACAGAGCUGAUCUGAAGACUUCAGAUUCUGGCACUCCACUAUCUGUUGUCAUUUCAUAUGAGAUUUCCCUUCUCACAGCUAAACAGACUGUUUCUGAUUCACCCCACUGCAGCACUUUUGAGUACAUUCCCCAGAUUCAUUAUUAGUCCUGCCCUCUUCUGUGAGGCACAGAGUCAGAGGCUUAGGCAAAGAUCAUACACUGUAUCAAUGGGAUUCUUUUUGUCCCCUCACUUACCCAAUUGUAAAAUUUAAUCCUAAUGCCCUUGUAGGAGUCCUGCUAUGUGAAUCCGUGCUGUAAGUAACUGACUUGUCAUGCAGCACCUGUUCAGUUACAUUUCCCUGGAACAGAAGCGAGAUGAGUCAGAAGCUGAGCAUGAUGACAUCAGAGCAUGGAAUGACAGUGGAAGCACAGAUACUGUUAAUAAAGUAGUAAUAACAGUAAAGUCUCAUUUAAAAUAUAGAGAGAAAGAGUUGCUACUUGUACGCUUACUUUGCUGUAGAAUUUGAAACAUUUUCAACAUAUCGUCCAGAAUAUGUUAUUGUGAUUUAUGUUUGCAAGUACUUGUGUAACCUUUGAGGUGAGAGCGUACCUUAGAUUGACAUGUUAUGGUUUGAUAAAAGGAUGUGAUGUUCAAAGAAUAAGCAAGUCUUCAGCACCUCUGUGGUGUGCACUGGGAAUGUCGAUCAGACAGUAGUUUGAAUGACACUACUGUCAGAAUCGUAGUUAUUUACUUUGUUACUCUUAACCAAUUUUAUUUUAUAUCUUGUUAAACCUGAAUGAUAGUUACAUUCUUCAUUCUUUUACUUCCCUGUUUUACUGACAAGGGUUUACCAUUUUAAUGCUAUGCGCUUAAGUGCAUUUUUGGCUUGAAGUCACCAAAAUACCAUGAAUUGGAUCAUUAAAAAAAUUAAAAAUA